UGUGAACUUCAAGGCCCCAAGCCUCAGCUUAGAAGCUCUCUUUGCGAACGACGGCGAUGGCGAUGGCUACCGCGUUCGUGGCUUGCUGUCUGCUCGUGGCGUCCGGCGCUUCGGCGCGAAGUCUCGUCGCCGACGGCGGGAACUUCGGUAGCCGCAAGGACUACUACCCUCCUGGCAACACCGGCCCAAACCACUCACCAAGCCCCACGCCCUGCAAUCAUGAUUCCCACGGGACGACGCCCUGCUCGCCGGCGCCACCGCAAGGAGGUGGAGGAGGGUACUACCCGCCCACACCAUCCGUCGGUACCUCCCCGACCACCCCUGGUGGAGACUACAACCCGCCCUCGCCGUCGACAGGCGCCGCCCCUACUACGCCUGGUGGCGAGGACGCCCCGCCCGCGCCGUCUAGUGACACCUCUCCGACCACCCCUGGUGGAGGCUACUACCCGCCAACUCCGUCCAGCGGCACUGCACCAACCACGCCUGGGACUGGAGACUCCCCGCCCGCGCCGUCCAGUGACACCUCUCCGACUACCCCUGAUGGAGGCUACUACCCGCCCACUCCGUCCACCGGCACUGCCCCAACCACGCCUGGGACUGGAGACUGCCCGCCCUCACCGUCCGCCGGCACCUCUCCUAGCACCCCUGGCGGUGGUGACUACCCGCCCUCGCCAGCCAGCGGCACUGCGCCUACCACGCCUGGUGGCGGGAACUGCCCUCCCUCGUCGUCCGCGGGCACCUCACCGACGGCACCUGGCGGUGGCUACUACCCGCCCUCGCCAGCCAGCGGCACUGCGCCUACCACGCCUGGUGGCGGAAAUUGCCCACCAUCGCCGUCCGCCGGCACCUCUCCGACCACACCUGGUGGCAGCUACUACCCACCCUCACCAUCAACCGGCACUGACCCGAACACGCCUGGUGGCGGCGGCUACCCACCGUCCCCAACAACGCCGGGUGGCGGUGACUACCCACCAUCCCCGACCACUCCUGGUGUCGCCGACUGUCCGCCAACCCCGUCCACCGGCACCUCGCCGAGCACCCCUGGUGGUGGUGGCUACUACCCACCCUCGCCAUCCACUGGCACUGACCCAAACACGCCUGGUGGCGGCUGCCCGUCCACGGGCACCUCGCCGACGCCUUGCAUUGGCACAACUCCUCCCUCGGGCACUACGCCGACUCCAAACGUACCGUUGCCUCCAAGCACUCCCACGCCGUUCGACCCAAACACCCCACCCUACUCCCCGCUGGUGCCGACGCCGCCGACGAGCACCCCCACGCCAUUUGACCCAAACACCCCACCGUUCUCCACCGGCCCUUACGGUUACUGGAUGUCGCACCCGGGCGUGAUAUGGGGCCUGUUCGGAUACUGGUGCCCGCUGGUGCGGCUGUUCGGCCCGAGCGCCGCGGUGCCGUUCGGGCACGACCUGACCGUGCCGGAGGCGCUGGCCAACACGCGCGCCGACGGCGUGGGCGCGCUCUACCGCGAGGGCACGGCGUCGCUGCUCAACUCCAUGGUCAGCAGCGGGUUCCCAUUCACCACGGCGCAGGUGAAGGACGCGUUCGGCGCCGCGCUCAGCUCCGGCGACGAUCGCGCCGCCGCCGCGCAGGCGCAGCUCUUCAAGAUGGCAAACGAGGGGCUUGCCAAGCACUAGGCGUGGGUUCGUGGCUGAUGCCCAGCUGCACUGGCAUGCAGCGGCAGGCGACAACGCGCCAGCAUGGAUCUCUAGCAGUUAAAGUACGUGUUUGACUCGUUUGAUCCUGGGUUUAGAUGUUAUGUCGUGCUUGUAUUAGGUGUGCUGCGUGCACGUGACCUCUGUUUGUGUGUGUAAGAGAGAGAGAGUGUGUGUCUAAAGUGUUUAUGUGGCCUGUCAAUUUGGUCUGCGUAUGGACGUAGCGUUCUGCUAGCUGCAACUGUGUUUUAGUAGUUCACUUCCAGCACCAAUGCAGAGCUAAAUCAAGUGCAGCUAAUGUUGGACGGAGAA